CAAUUUUCCAGCACCUUCUACCAUCUCUGUUUUUCCCCAAAAAAUAUUAUUAUUGUCUAUAUAUAUAUCUCUCUCUCCCCUACCCCGUGCUAAUCUGCUGCACAAAUAGAACCCACAAGCACAGACCAAUUUCUUAACUCACAAGAAAAGGCUAAAAAAUGAAGCCCAUUGACGACAAAAAAGGCCCUGUAACGAUCAAAGCAGAGACCCGAGACGAAGAAGGGAAGAAGAAGAUUGAAAAGGUGGAACUGGACGCCCACAAAAUCGAUACCGUCAAGUACGUGGAGAGAAAGCUAGUCGACAAAGGCGUGCAGAGGAUGGAGCGGCACCCGUCGGACGGGCUCCCUUACAGGCGGCCACCACCGAAGUCUGGACACGGCGGGAAGUACACGUGGGAGGGGCCGGCGGAGGAGGCGGAGAACGAAUUGGAUCCGGCACCUGUGGCGGUAGACGAGAGGGAUCCGAAUUACGUGGACGAGAUGGCGGAGGAGAGGGUGGUGAAGGGGGAGGAUGAGGAGGUGGCAGGAUUGGUGGUUGGGGAGGUUGAGGUGGCGAAGGCGGCGGAGGCGAAGAAAGGAGUUGCGAGGAUAGAGGUUGAUUCUCACUUGAAGGUUUAGGGUUUUGUUUUAGUGUAAUGAAUGUGGGGUGUGACUUUGUUUUGAAGUUUGAUCGAAGAGAUGUCGCGUAUUAAGAAUGUUGCAAUAAAUUAAUUUAUUGAUAAGUAAUUAAUUUCUCACGU